GGGUACGCUUGGCCCUUCCCCGUCCUCGCCCCCUCCCGCUCGCCGUCCGCGGGCGCCAUGCGCGUCCAGCUCGCCGUGCUGGCGGCGGCCCUCGGCGGCGCCGCGGCGGCCGCGGGCUGCGGCGCCGGCGGCGCGCAGGGGUCCUGCGCCGCCGGAGGCGAGGACGAGCAGGCCCUGCUGCAGGUGAGCGAGAGCGCACGGGCACGCGCGGCGGCGACCCGGCGCCUGGAGGGCGCGGAGGCGCCGUCGGCGCUCGACCGCAGCUUGCAGGCGAAGAAGCCGACGCCGGCCACUGCCGAGCGGCUGAGGAGCGCGGUCGAGAGCGAGGUCGACAAGGAGUAUCCGGAGGGCUUCACCACGUGCAACCUGAGCCAGAGCAACUGCAGCCUGGCCGACAUGAGCCGGGAUAUGUCCGCGAUGAUUUACCCGGGCGGCAGCACGAGAUGCCUUGACUCGAGCUCACCAUAUUGGUCGGCGGAUUUCUUCCAGGUGGUGCGCGGUGACCCCGACAAGUUGGUGAUACAGUUCCAGGCAGGGGGGGCGUGCUGGAGCGAGGCCACGUUCAAGCUCGGCGUGUGCAACAGGCAGUGCAUGCCCGACUCGAACGGCAUGUUUAACAGGGGCCAGGCGGCCAACCCUUUCAAGAACUACACAAUCGUGAACAUCCUGUACUGCAGCGGGGACAUGUUCGUGUCGAACCAGACCAGUUCGUGGGGCGGCGGGGAGGUCCAGCAGGUCGGCCUGUCGUGA